UAAAGCCGUCAAUGGCAGCGAAUGUUAAUAAUUUUGUACAGUAAUUGCUGUAUUCUCUGAAGCAUUAAUAUUCAUUUGUGCAGCUGCAAUGCCUCGAUUUUACUGAGGUUAGUUCAGAGUAACAGCCACGAACGCAGUUGACCUACUAAUUCCUUAAACGGGUGUGGUGGAUUUCCGGGCGUCUGCGUUUCACCGUUCUUCUGGCCGUAGGGUUAGCUGUACUUAUCGUGAGGAGGAUACACCAUAUUUGGUGUGUUGUUGUUGCUUUUCUUUUCUUUUUCUUUUUCUUUUUCUUUUUUGUUGUUGCUGUCCACAAGGUGGCGCUCUUGUCCAUGAAUCGACCGUAUCCCUUAAUGUCACCUGGACGUCCCGUUUGAAGGGUUCAUCGUUCUCCCUGACAACACAAAGGAGACAACUUCUUCUGGCAAAGAUCGAUUGUGAUAAACGAAUAUGAUUUGGGGAGCAAUUCACUGAAAUGUUGCGAAUGACAGCACGUCUUCUUGUGAUUCUUACGAUUACGAUUGGUGUUGUUGUUGAACGUCGUUCAGCUUGACCGUCAACUGGUUUGUGAGGCACAACGAUCUUGCGUGUGUCGUCGACAAUCCGGCGCGCACGUGCGCGCGGCGGAUGACGCCGAAUGUUCUCGCUCCGGUUGAACCCUCGCGCCCUCCCCUGACCAGCGCCACACAUGACGUCGUGAGCGCGCAGGCGGCAUGACGCGCGCCGGCUCGGCAUCGGAACCAGCUGAAGCGUCGCGCGAGAGAGCAACAUCGAAGAAUGUGAGCGCGCGUGGGUCUUUCCGAGCGGGCUGCAUGAAGCCGUCGGCGGUGUCAUGCGUCUCGCCCCGCAGCCGAGCGCGCAUCAUCCGCGGCUCCUCCUCCUCCUCCUCGCGGCGGGGGCGACCGCGUCCCAGCCGCUGUCGCCGGGCUGCCCGGACCGCUGCGUGUGCGACGAGCAGCUGGCGGUUCAAUGCGCCGGGCGGCACCUGCGCAGCUUCCCCGCGGACUUGCCGCUGGCCACUCGGCAGCUCCUCAUCUCGGACAACUUCGUGGCGGAGCUGCCUCCGCUCGCGCUCAACUACCUGUCGGAUCUGGUGUACCUGGACUGCAGCAACAACUCCUUGACGGAGAUCUCCCAGUCCACUUUCGGGAAUCUCAGGAAGUUGGCCUACCUCGACCUCUCCUUCAACAUCCUGACUCGGAUCGAGGACAGGACCUUCGGGCCGCUGGACGCUCUGGUCAUGCUGCGGCUGACGGACAACCCCUUCCUGUCCGAGAUCCACCGGGACGCCUUUGCGGAGAACCUGGCCCUGCAGGUGCUGGACGUGAGCCGGAACAACUUGACGUCGCUGAACGUCAGCUCCCUGAUCUCGCUGCCCGCCCUGCGCUCGCUGGGCCUCAGCGGGAACCCUUGGAGCUGCCAGUGCGCCAGCGAGGAGCUCGGCCUGUGGGUCCGCUUGGAGGCCUUCAAGUUUCAAGAUGAGGGCCAGACCGUGUGCGGUUCCCCGGACGACCUGCGGGGCCGUCGUCUCGGCGAGGCGGCCGUCCAAUUACGGACGUCGUGCCACCACACUCUAGGUUCCUGGGACUAUCUUUUCUUCGUCAUCAUCGGCUUUGUCAUCUUCGCCGCGGGCACCGUGUCGGCCUGGGUCACGGGGGUCGUCAUGGUGCGCUACGAGCGCUACGUCAAGAAGAAAGACGAGCGGCCGGAACUGGACGAGGAAGAGGACGGGGAGGCGGGGGGGACGGGCCGGGAGCGACCCUGAGAACGCUUUGUUAGGAGCUCCGCUUCACCGUGGCUACGUUGCAUUCUCGCAGUGCCUCCCUCCGUGGACCUCCUGGAUGUCCUUCUGCAUCUGAGAGGACGAACCGGCUCCAAACGCACCGCGGCGUGCACGGUGACCGAGUUACUUGUCCGUGCCUCUGUUGGGCUGGCACGUGGUCAGUGAACUGCGAGUGAAGCCGAGUCUCUUCCAGCAAAGUGCGAGUGACUUGACGCGCGAAUCGACGGCAACGGCAAUUGUUAGGAGAACAUUGAUAACGUUUGAUCGAUGGCCCACUACCUCGCAAACAGAAACGUACAGCGGACGUCAAUUACACCAGAGGGCUAAAACUUUGACUUCUGUGUAACUAUGUGUACCGUUUCUACGUAACUCAAGGUAACAAAUAAGUUGGUAAAAUGUAAAAGUGUCAAGGGCCCAAAAGCAGUAGAAUCCGGUGACAAAAACUGAGAUGAGCAAAUUUGCUCGAUGACACGCAAUGUUGUAUUCAAGGUACAAUUUGGAGUUGGACAUGACAGGAGAAUAUGAUUAAAAUCAUCUGUUGCAAAAUCUGGCCCCAUCUAAUGUCUCUGAUUACAUGUUUUACUGUAAUUGGCAAACAAGAAUAGCCAAUUUUGUCAAAAGUCAUUUGUGUCAAACGGCCGUCUGUUGUCUCACGAGAGCGGCUCCGACGACCCGAGACAAAUUCCUCGUGUGUUCUUGACAUAUUUGGCAAAUAAAGAUGAUUCUGAUUCCGAUCAGAGAGCGGCGUGGCCGAAUAGUCUGUCAAUCAUUUGCACAUGCCCACCGUGCAUAAGGCGUCUCGCGAGGACACACGCGGCCUCUCGCAAAUGGAGAAGAAGAUUCUAGUUUCUUGGCUCGAUGGAAUUGGACAGCUGUCUACUUCAAAUCGAGGGGAAAGAUCUGUAACGCUGGCGUGCGUCCCAUACGUGGACAGUCGCACGGCCGAGCUUGGAAAACCACCUCGUACGUCGUCAGCUAAGCUGAUGGCCUCUCCUAUUUUUAAUCGACGGAACGUUCCCCCAAAACUGCUAACAUUUCACGUAAGGUCGCACGGUAAGGCGGCCAGAAGAGCGGCACGAACAGGCCCUUUCUUUCGGCGGGGGCGGGCACCGAAAUGAGGCUACAUUCAAAUAUUGCUAGCCGUUUGAAACUGCAUAUUUCCCUUUAAAAGUCAUUUGUAUCAUGGUAAAAUGCUUUCAUUGCUGCGUUAGAGCUUGUGGGCAAACUUCAUCUUCUAUGUAGACCCUCGACCUCCUGAUCGGCUCCUGAAAUUUGAGAUGAGGUAGAAAAAUGAAUGGCUAAUACAGUACGGUUUGCUAUAACACGCCACCACUGAAGGCAGUUCUUUUUUAUGACACAACAAAUAUCAUUUAUUCAUCACGACUAUAAUGAAAGGCGUUUGCUGAUUGAGCUGAUCUGCACGGCAGCGCUGGUGUGUGUUGGUGCUAGCCGCGAGGCAAGUUUCUUGGACAUCCAAUUCUUGUGCAACAUGGUGAAAAAAAAGGCUGCAAGGUGACACCGAUACGCAGAAAGCGAGAAUGGAAAAGACCAGCGUACCAGGUCAAUGAACUUCACGGUGCUGCUCUUCGAUGAUUACGGGGACAACGUUGGAUGCCAGUUUUGUACUUGAUGGACAAAAAAACAACAACUGCGAUGAAGGUGAUUACUCGGCCACCAUUUUCGGAAAGGUUUCAUCUCCAUGGUGUGAGACCUUCAGGCGCACUACAGGAAGCUCCCUGGAACACUCUCAGCGGCAUUCGAUAUAUAAAUAACACUUCAUAUUCACGUCUCUCUGGUGCCAUUAUUGUGAUAUUUCCUCAGCAUGAAGGUGAAACUCAUGAAUAAAUGCGUCUCUGCUCUUCCUCAUUCAUACUCAGUGUAACUGUAACUGGAUGGAAACGAGAAGCUCACAUUUUGCUGCCAUUUUUGCAUGACCCCGCCUGUUUUUUGUUCGAUAAAUGUGUACGUGUA